GCAGGCGGAGACAUGGCCAACAUCUCGGUGCAGCGAAUCAAGCGGGAGUUCAAGGAGGUGCUGAAGAGUGAGGAGACGAGCAAAAAUCAAAUUAAAGUAGAUCUUGUAGAUGAGAAUUUUACAGAAUUAAGAGGAGAAAUAGCAGGACCUUCAGACACACCAUAUGAAGGAGGAAGAUAUCAACUAGAGAUAAAAAUACCAGAAACAUAUCCAUUUAAUCCCCCUAAGGUCCGGUUUAUCACUAAAAUAUGGCAUCCUAAUAUUAGUUCUGUCACAGGGGCUAUUUGUUUGGAUAUCCUGAAAGAUCAAUGGGCAGCAGCAAUGACUCUCCAUACGGUAUUAUUGUCAUUGCAAGCACUAUUGGCAGCUGCAGAACCAGAUGAUCCACAGGAUGCAGUAGUAGCAAAUCAGUACAAGCAAAAUCCUGAAAUGUUCAAACAGACAGCUGGACUCUGGGCACAUGUGUAUGCUGGAGCACCAGUUUCUAGUCCAGAAUACACCAAAAAAAAAAAAAUAAUAAAAAUAGAAAACCUAUGUGCUAUGGGCUUUGAUAGGAAUGCUGUAAUAGUGGCCUUGUCUUCAAAAUCAUGGGAUGUAGAGACUGCAACAGAAUUGCUUCUGAGUAACUGAGGCAUAAUGAGAGAGCUGCUGAUAUAGUCAAGCUUGCCC